UUCAGUGGUAACUGUUAGAGCCUUAGUGUAAACUAGUGUAGUCUAGUAUUCCCUCACGAUUGUUUAACUAGUGUCUCAGGUUGUUAUAGUAGCUGUUGUACUGUAGUGUUAUAUAGUGUUAACGUAGUGUAAUCAUGACUAGUGUAGUAGAGCUAACGAAGGUAGGAAAAGAGUUAGGUUAUGAAGGAGAGGAGUUACGUAACUUUGUUAAGGAAGAGCAGGCUAGGGAACGUGAGGAAAGACAUAAUAGAUUAGAGGCAGAGAAAUUAAGAGCAGAGGCAGAGAAAGAUAGGUUAGAAGCAGAGAAAGAUAGAUUAGAGUUAGAAGCUAGGUUGCAGAAAGAAAAGAUAGAAUAUGAAAAACAAAGUAGUUUAGAAGCAGAGAGAUUAAGAGUAGAAACAGAGAGAGAAAGAGAGAAGGAAAGGUUAGAAGCAGAUAGGGAAAGAUUAGAGUUAGAAGUUAGGUUGCAGAAGGAAAAGAUAGAAUAUGAACGACGUAGUAGCUUAGAGGCUGAGAAGGAAAAGUUAGAGUUAGAACGUAAGUUAGAACUAGAUAAGUUAGAAAUGGAAAAGGAGAAGUUAAUGUUAGCUAGGAAGUUAGAAACAGAAAAGGAGGAAGCAGAAAGUAGGAAAUUAGAAACAGAGCAUAAGUUUAAGACAGACUUAGAAAAGAUGAGUAAGAAAAAGGUAAAGGUUAAGAUGUCUCCCUUUGAUGAGAAAAUUGAUUCCAUGGAUGCGUACUUGAAUGUGUACGAACGUACGCUGUUGCGCAGGAUUGGGAUAAAGAGAUAUGGUCACUUAACUUACCGUUCCUUCUAAAGGGUACGGCAAGAGGUUUUUGAUAGGCUUCCGUUGGAGAUAGGAAGGAUUAUGAUAAACUGAAAGCCGCUUUGCUACGUCAGUUCGAACUCACUGACGAUGGCUAUAAGAAAAAGUUUAGAACUGAGAGGCCUCGGGAUAAUGAGACCUUUGUGAUGUUUCUAGCCAGAAUAAGUAGAUAUUUAGAUGGUUGGCUUAGAUUGAGUAAGGUAGAUAAAACGUACGAAGGAUUGUUAGAUUUUAUUCUUAGGGACCAAUUUUUAGAUGUAUGUAAUAGAGAA